AUGGACACCAAUAGCGAGCACGAUGCCGAAGGAUGGAGCGCUGAUGAAUGGGAAGGCGAUGAUGAAGACCCAAUAGUGAAGCGAAUGCCACUUUUCUUGAGUUCGGGUCCCGAUUUCUCAUUACCAUCAUUAGCACAUUUUCAACCCAUCUUAGAAGAAGAAACAAAAGAUGCAAAUUCAAAUCAAACUAAAGCAGGACCAAAGAAAAUUAUCAACCCAUUAACUCUCUUACAAUAUCCUUUUAAACCACAUAAUCCAACAACACCUCAUGUUUUACUUCCACCUUCCUUAAGACCUGAAUCAAAUUCAAAUUCAACUAGUGGUCAAAUUUAUGCUAAAUUCAAACCUGGUGUUAGACAUUUGAAUCUUGAAGUUCCUUUGGAAACAAAACUUGGUACAGCUGAAGGUCGAUUUUCAGAUGAAAGAGCUCGAGAAUAUGCAAAAGGUCUUCCAGAUAAAAAAGCCGCGGUUCCGGGAGUUCGGAGUAACGCUUUUGGUAGAGACGAUGAGCUUGAUCCAUUAGAAAAAAUCACACUUGGAUCUACUUUCAUACCAGAACAAACGAAUUAUUUUGUUGGAAUCCUUAAGCCCGGUUCAAGUGAAGAUCAAGAUCAAUUACAUCUUGUUCCUUUAGGUCAAACUUUACAACUUCGGCCGUCCUUGGACUAUUUAGACCGAUUAGCUGCCAUUAAUGCUCAAGCUGAUAAGGCUGCCAAACGAGAGGAAGGUAUCGGUAGUGAAUCAGAGGACGAUUCUGGGGAUGAAGAAACUGAAGAAAUGAUAAAGAAAAAAGCUCUUGCAAAGAAAAAAACAGAAGCAAAUGAAGCCAAGGCGAUCCAAGUAUCUGUUGCUGGACCAGGAGAUUCAGAUAAGCUUGGUGGAGGAAGACCUGGUGGAGGUUUGUUUGCACCUAUCAGAGCUGCGGAAGCGGAGACGCCGAUUCCCCUCACACACUAUCAUUGUCACGUUAGUAUUCUUUGA